AUGCUCAUCUUUUGGUUGGUGUUGGGUACUAUGGUGUUGGGUACCAUGGCAACAUCGCUUCAAAUUCCAUUCACAAAAGACAGCCCGAUAGCAUAUUCUCCGGGAAAACUUCCUCUUAUUAUUACAGUUCCACACGGAGGUUUGUGGGAGCCUAGUGACAUUCCUGAUCGUACAGCAAAAGGCAGUUUAUUACUAGCCGAUGCCUUUACAAAAAACAUUGCAUUGGACAUUGCAGAUCGGAUCACUGCUCAUUACAAUUCUCGACCACAUCUUAUCUUUCAGGUUCGACGAAGAAAGGUAGAUGUCAACCGAUGCGAAGAUCAAGGGGUCGAGUCCGAUAAAGGAAGACUUUUGUGGAAGGAAUACCAUGGUACUAUAGAGGCAGCUGCCAAUAAUCUAUUGAAGGAAUAUCCACAUGGGCUACUAAUCGACCUUCAUGGGCAUACGCACACACAUGGUAUGAUUGAAUUGGGAUAUUUGCUAAACACAGCAGAUAUACAUGAGGCCAAAGGACUUGAUGAGCGUGUACUUAAUCAGUCAUCAAUUCAAUCCCUUGCUCAAAGACACAAGAGUCGCAUUCAUCCCUCAGACUUACUAUUCGGUAACCAUUCGUUUGGGGAAGCAUUGCAACAAGCUCAGAUAGAUUCUUUGGGAGUCGUUCCUUCACCCAAAAAUCCUUUGCCUGUUUCAGAUGCUUUAUAUUUUCAUGGAGGGUAUACUGUAGAAAGACAUCGCAGUAAAAACCAACGAAUUGGUCUUGAUGCAAUUCAGAUCGAGAUGCCUCAAAAAGCUCGUUUUUCUCCUACUGGCCGUCAAGCUUUGGUAGAAAGCAUAUCACAGGCUGUAAUUACAAUGCUAGACCGUUAUUAUCUCACCAGAGCUAAGCUAUAA